GGUGCCCACCGUCCUCCCGCUGAGACGCGCCCGGCCGGGGACCGGCUGGGGACCUGCUGGGGACCGGCGGGGCCUCGAGCUCCGGGUCUUCGACACCCACCCGCGCGCGCCUUGCCCCCUCCCCGGGCUCGGCUCCCGCAGGCGAGGAGGCGGGGGCGCAGACAAAGCCCACUUUGUGCGGGGAGUUGGCCGCGGGCGUGGAAUGUGCGCGUCGCCGCGCGCCCCCUCCCCGCGCCCCGCCAGCUGCGAGUCUCGGCUCCCGGACUUGUCGCGUCCGAGAAAUCGCUCCUCCGCGUCGCCCUCCCGCCCGGGGGUCCCCACUCGGAGCUCACCAGGCUCCCCGUGGCCGCGGUCCCUCCACCCCCAGGGGCGCGCACCGGUGUGAGCGAGCGGGGCUUUGUAGAGGAAUUUUUGUUCACUUCGAAACUGGAACCCGGACGCCCGGGCGGCGUGGGCACUGUGCCUUUGACCCUCCCUUUCCGCGGCCGCAGAUCCGAGUUGUCUGGCCUCAGUUUCCCUCGACUCCCCUACCCUCGGCUGCCCGUCAUUGUUCUCGCUGCCAAUGAGGGUGCUUUGUGAAGGCUGCGGGAUGGGGGUGUAGUCUCUUUAUCCCAGUUUUCAAACAAAACAAGGCCCUUAAGGCUGACCCAGGACAACCCACCCCUGGGCCCCCACUUCAGGUUGAUGCACUGAUUUUUUUUUUCUUACCGAGUAGUAUUUCAUUGUACAAGAGCCACGCCCUGGUUUCUUAAAGGCGCCCUACCCUCUGUUUGGCCAUGUGUUAUUUCUGCAGCUAGUGUGUGGGAGGCCUCUGGUGAACCACCUAUUUUUCCCGCCUCCUGAUACCUCCUCCCACCCGCACCGAGGAUUUAGGAAUGCCAGGAGGGAAGAAGGUGAUUGGGGGUGGCAGCAGCGGUGCUGCCCCAACUGCUGCCGCCACUGUCGCUGCCCCCACUGGGGUCAGGCGUUUGGAGACCAGCGAAGGGGCCUCUGCCCAGAGAGAUGAUGAGCCAGAAGAGGAAGGGGAAGAGGACCUGCGAGAUGGAGGCGUCCCUUUCUUYGUCAACCGGGGUGGGCUGCCUGUGGACGAAGCCACUUGGGAAAGGAUGUGGAAGCAUGUAGCCAAGAUCCACCCUGAUGGAGAGAAAGUGGCGCAGCGGAUCCGUGGAGCAACGGACCUGCCCAAGAUCCCCGUACCGAGUGUGCCUACUUUCCAGCCCUCCACUCCCGUCCCCGAGCGCCUGGAAGCCGUGCAGCGCUACAUCAGGGAGCUGCAGUACAAUCACACAGGGACACAGUUCUUUGAAAUUAAGAAGAGCAGACCUCUGACAGGGCUGAUGGACCUGGCCAAGGAAAUGACCAAAGAGGCUCUGCCAAUCAAAUGCCUGGAAGCCGUGAUCCUGGGAAUUUACCUCACCAACAGCAUGCCCGCCCUGGAACGCUUCCCCAUCAGUUUCAAGACCUACUUCUCAGGGAACUACUUCCGCCACAUCGUGCUGGGGGUGAACUUCGGGGGCCGCUACGGGGCCCUGGGCAUGAGCCGGCGGGAGGACCUGAUGUACAAGCCGCCGGCCUUCCGCACGCUCAGCGAGCUCGUGCUCGACUACGAGGCCGCCUACGGCCGCUGCUGGCACGUGCUCAAGAAGGUGAAGCUGGGCCAGUGCGUGUCCCACGACCCGCACAGCGUGGAGCAGAUCGAGUGGAAGCACUCGGUCCUGGACGUGGAGAAGCUGGGCCGCGAUGACUUCCGCAAGGAGCUGGAGCGCCACGCCCGCGACAUGAGGCUCAAGAUUGGCAAAGGGACCGGCCCACCCUCUCCCACCAAGGACCGGAAGAAGGAUGUGUCCUCCCCCCAGCGGGCCCAGUCCAGCCCACACCGCAGGAACAGCCGCAGCGAGAGACGGCCCUCGGGUGACAAGAAGCCUUCAGAGCCCAAAGCCAUGCCAGACCUCAACGGGUACCAGAUCCGAGUCUGAGGCACAAGCAGCACCCCAGCCCCUGCUUCUGGAGACCAUGAUCCACCUGCUGGAACUGGCCUUGCUCCAGRGAAGGGGUUGUGGGGGCAGGGGGCAGGCUGCAGGCUGCAGGAAGGGUGCCUUGUGGCUCCGCCCCACUCUGCUGCCCCUGCCACUGAGCCAAGUCCCUAACUUUGGGCCAAGA